GCGAGAACGGAGGUAGUCAUGGCGGCUCUGAGGAUGGUGGCAGCAGCAGCGUUGGCUCAGCUGCGGCUCCUAGCGGCGGGUUCGAGGCACAGCAGGCGAGGAGGGAGUUCUCUUCUGCCUGUUUCUGUUCCUGUUCCAAAGCCUGAUUAUCACUUGACACACACUCGUAGCUACAUACCUCGGAGAGCUGUCCUGUAUGUGCCUGCGGAUGAUGUGAGAAAGAUACAAAAAAUUUCAUCUCUCAAUGUGGAUUGUGCUGUGCUGGAUUGUGAAGAUGGUGUUGCCCUAAACAGAAAGGCAGAUGCAAGAGUGAAAAGUGUGAAAGCGCUGGAAGAAUUUGAAUUUGGCCGGACUGAGAAGUGUGUCAGGAUCAACUCAGUAACAAGUGGUCUUGCUGAAGAAGAUCUGAAGGUCAUUUUGGACUCCAGCAUUCUUCCUACAAGCCUAAUGCUACCAAAAGUUGAAAGUGUAGAAGAAGUAAGAUGGUUUGCAGAGAAAUUUAUGUCCCAUUUAAAAGGCCGAACACUUGUAGAACCUAUGAAUUUUAUUCCUUUUGUGGAGACAGCAAUGGGCUUGCUCAAUUUUAAGUCUGUUUGUGAAGAAGCUCUGAGGAAGGGACCCCAAGUUGGUCUUCAUUUGGAUGCAGUUGUCUUUGGAGGUGAAGAUUUUCGGGCCAGCAUAGGCUCAACGAGUAGCAAAGAAACCCAUGAUAUUCUUUAUGCUAGACAAAAAAUCGUUGUGACAGCAAAGGCUUUUGGCUUGCAGGCCAUAGACCUUGUGUAUAUCGACUUUCAAGAUGAAGAGGGACUCCGUAAGCAGUCAAGAGAGGGUGCCUUAAUGGGUUUCACUGGUAAGCAGGUGAUUCACCCUAAUCAAGUUGCUGUUGUCCAGGAACAGUUCUCACCGAGCCCUGAAAAAAUAAAGUGGGCACAAGAACUGAUUAUGGCUUUCGAAGAACAUCAGCACGUGGGCAAGGGUGCCUUCACUUUCCGGGGCAGCAUGAUAGACAUGCCAUUACUGAAGCAGGCCCAGAACAUUGUUACACUUGCCACAGCCAUCAAGAAAAAAUGAUCUGCCAAAUAAACCUUCCCCCAGGAGGGUUCCAGCCAGGAGCUGUUUCAAGAAGGAUUAUAUAAUACUUGAAGAAAGAAAAAUGCAUCUGUUCACCCUUCAGCAGAACUCUGCUUAUGCAUCUUACUGUUUCCCAUAUAUUUUUCUCACUGAUGUGGACCAUAGCAGUUUUGUGUAACAAGCUUUUGUUAGGGUAAAGCUGAAAGCAAAAUUGGCUCAUUUGAGGGGAAAGGAGGGCCCAUUAAAAUCAAUCAACAACAUAGACAAACUGACUCAAAUUAAUAUUUGCUUCUGCAAAUUUUCCUCAGGAAAGGAGCACAGCAACAAAGGAACACUUGUACUGAGGCAGACCACCUAACCCAUAUUGCCAACUCUGACUGGCAGCUUCUCUCCAGGUAAGAUACUUUCCUAGCCCUACCUGGAGCUGUCUGGUAUAUUUUGGUGGUUUUCCAUCCAUAUAUUAACUAGAUACGACCUUGCUUAGUUUCUAAAACCAAGUAAGGUUAGGUGGCAUGGACAUAUUUUCAAAUGGAGGGCUGGGUUCCUGUAUCUUCUCUGGUUGUGUAGAAGAGAGAUUCUUAGCUGGUGAAGUUUGUAAUGCAUGAGAGCAAAAACUGUCCCAUUCCCCCCCAUUACACAGUGAUGAAUGAUAUUGGAGCACUGUAAUCAUUUAAAUCUGGUCUAAUGGAAUUAACAAGAGUGACUAUCUAUAGAUGCUCAUAUGUUUACAGAUGCCAGCUUUGAAUCCAUGGAAAUUCCUUCCCCAUUUGUAGCCAUGGUACCUUUAAAAAACUAUAAAGAAGGGGGAAAUUCUACCUCAGUGAUUCCCAAAGUAGUCAGCACACACACACACACACACCAGUGGAAAGAUCCAGGAGAAUGGUGAGGGGAAAUAGGGCAUCAAGGGGCCUUCAGUCAAAGUACUAGCAUGCUAGAAAGACAUGGGGAACCAGCGGCCUUUAGAACUAUGGUUGGGAUGAGGAGUUAGGCGCAGUGGUUCCAAACUCUGAUCCUCCAGCUAUUUUGGACUUCAGUUCCCAGAAUCCCUGACCACUGGCUAAGUUAGCUGAGGCUGCUGGGAGUUGGAAUCCAAAACACCCCAAAGACCAGAGUUUGGAAGCCACUGAAUUGUGGCGGCAGAGGAGAAGUAACACCAAAAAGGAACUUUGCCAUUUGGGGCCCUGCGAAAGCUUUGUGAGUUUUGCUAGGACUUGACUGGCAUGUUGGAGCUGCACGGCUGCUCCUAAUUUCUUUUGUGAGACUGGCUGGGAGAAGAGGUAGCAAAAUAAACCAUGUUUGAGCAGUGGGACAACUUGAAGCUGUUUGAAGAAAGCACAUAUCUAGGGGAGGAGUAUCCGGGGUUGAUUCUUGCAAAGAGUCUUUUACCUCUCUUGAAUUGAGAGUCCUUCCUCACAGGGAAGAAAAGUGGGAAGCUAGCUGUGCCCCUCUCUGCACUGGUGAAAAGGACUAAGAGUCCUUCCUCAUGAGGGAGAAGCUUCUUCCUUUGUAUCCAGUCACUUUGAGAGCAGCAACUGCAAAGCCAGCGCAGACAAGAAGCUUCUCGGUCACUGCUCAGCUACUGCUCGGUUGCUCCUCCCAAGGUGACUGGCUGCUUAGUCACUGCUCAGUUGGAUGUUUAGGUGCUGCUCCCUUUUGUACCCAGUCAUCUUGGAAGCAGCAACUGGGCAACUUACCAGCCAGCCUUUCUUUUACUGUAAGGAUAAAUGAGAGGGAAGAGUAGACCUGGACCACUGCUGCUGCUUUAUUCACACAUAGAAGCUGAGGAAGAAGAGGCAGCAAGCUGGCUGUAGGUGAGGUAGAUACUGCUGGCUGGCUGGCUGGCUACUGAACAAACAGUAGACCCAAUAUCAAAACAUAGGCAUGCUAGGAUUGUCACUGAAGAGGAAAGGAGGCAGUAGCCCCCCAGAAUUGGGGGGGGGGGCACUGUCCUACCUGGUAUGUCUUCAACUGUCACUGCAGUGUGGAAAGGGCAAUUCUCUCUUUUGAUGGCAUUGAAACGCAGAGCAGCUCCUUCCCCUUGGUUAUCUAGAUUUGGCAACCUGUCUAAAUUUAAUUCCCUUACCUCUGAGCAAGUACUGCUUUGUGGAUUGACUAAUCCAGAAUUUUAAAGAUGCCUGCCUUCUCAUUUGACAGUCACUAAUGAAUGUGAUUCACCGCCCAUCCACUUAAAGAGUGCAAACUCAAAACUACUUCAUAUGGAUUAGUUAACCCUUUAAGAAGCCUACAUCCACUCUUUUGUACUCAUUCCCAGAGAGGAUUAGACUGAGAACCAUUCCAAGAGAUGCCUGAGGAAAUAGAUGUGUUCUACAUACCACUCAGUACAGGAACAGGGGCAUCACCAGCUCCCCUAUGGUUUAGCGGAAUGACUCUGUAGCCAUUAUCAUUUAUAGGAGCAGGGUUGUUGUUGUUGUUGUUGUUUUUAAGAAAAAAAUUAAAAAUCUAUUCUGCAUGUUAAUUCAAACAACCAGUUUUCUCUCAGCUUUCCCUGAGCUGCUUUCAUAGUCAGGGCUCAGAAAAAGAGUACUAUGGUGGAAUUCCAGAUGUUCAAUGGUUGAUGGAUUCCUUAUUCCUACUUUUAGGAAGCUACAUUUUUGUGACCCUUUCCAAACCAUACUGCUAUGUGAAAUAUCUAUAUAACUAUAUUCCAGUUUUUCUAAGCCCAAAGUGGACUUAGUGAGGAUGGAUUUCCCAUGUGUGCCAUUGAAUUUUAUUGUUGAGGAGGACUGAUUUAAAAACACAUAGAACACUGUGUGAGUAGACUACUAUGGAUGGAAAUUACUCCCUGUGGAUAUAUCCAGAUGAAUACUGUAUGUCCUUGUGUAUGUACUCAAGGAGUAUUCAUGUAACAGCUGCUUCAUCCUGUCAGGUAGAUAGGCUUCACUCUGUGCUUUUCCCAACCAUAUUUGUUUUCUCUGUCUCUCACCAUCCACAUAAAUAUAGACAGUGAGAACAGGUUCAGCUGGGCAAAGCACAGUCCUAAACCCACAUACCUUUUACAAGGUUAAUACACUGAAGACAAGCCUAUCAGUGAAUCGUAGCAGAUUAUUUAAAUGUGCCAAGAAUGAGCUGAGCUUUAUGGGUAAAGCUGUAAUCCCAAAUAAUGCUUUUGUUGUUUAAUGUUGUCAAGUUGACAUCAAUGUCUGGCAACCCCAUAAUGAGAGAUCUCAUAGUCACCCCAUCAUAACCACCCUGCUCAGGUCUUGCAGUUUCAGGGCCUUGGCCUGAAUCUAUCCAUCUGUAAUGCCGUCUUCCUCUUUUCUUAUUGCCUUUAUCAAGUAUUGUUGUCUUUUCUAGUGAGUCAUGUCUUCUCAUGAUAAUGCUUAUCAGAAAGACAUCCCAGUCAGUGGAGUCCUACUCAGAUUAAAGAAUCCAUUGAACACAUGACUAAGUUAAAUAGCUCUGCCCUUAAAUAUGAUCAAAUCUAGAUCCAGCCCUGUGAGUUAAUAAGAUUAGGAUACAGCAGUGUGAAAAAGUGUGGACAUCAUGAAGUGGAAUUAAGUAUAGCUAUUUUUAUAUCCUCUCCCUCACCUUGACACUUUGUUGUCUGAAGCAGAACAGCAAAUGGAGUGAAGAUGCACAAGAUCAGAACAAGACAGGCUGCUUGGGUACUUGAGGCAGGAAACUCCUACAAGCAUUUCUUCCCCUCUCUGGCAGUAAAAAAUAAAAUGAGUAAAAUCAAUAACUAUGGUACUCUUUCCCUUUCCUUGCUACCCACCAUCACCUGCUGGAGUCAGUCAUCUCAUUCUGCUAAACCUGGGGUCCAUGGACAACUUGCAUUUUUUUCUCCUUCCAUUACUUUACUGUUUCUUUUAUUUUUCCCUAUCACAAUUAAUUCUAAGGUUUUAAAAUGCUCUUUUCAAGUAUUCAUUGUAAAAAUAAAUACUGGUACAGGCCAGAUUAUGUGAUGGAAAUCAAUGUAAUAAAAUGAGUAAUAUGCAUA